AUGCCAAAUAACCGAUGCAUCGCUGAACAGCGUAUCCAAAGCCUGAAACGCAAGAGACUUCAUGAAAAAAUCGAGGAGUCCAGAGGACAGGGAACUCCGAAGAACGCACUCUCUGAGGCCGUGCUGGCAAAACGAAAGAUAGAACGGGAGCGCAAGAGGAGGAGGAAAGAGUUUAUCCUGAAGAAGAAACUAGCUGAAGAGAAUAGCCAAGAAGCGCCAGUGGAGAUCAAGAAAGAACCUGAGCCCGCCCCCGCUGCUAACAAAAGAGAUGUAACGGCCCUCAUCUUCAACAAGGUGGAGACGGUGGAGGAAAAGGACAAAGAAAUGGAGAACAAGAUCAAGUGGACCAACGUGCUCUACAAGGCCGAAGGACUCAAAAUAAAGGACAGCAAAGACUGA